AUGGCUUCAUCAGGGCAAUCUCAGCCCAUAGAUAUAGCCCUACCAUAUCCGGCAGAUAGUGAUGAAGGGCAUUACUCGGACUUCCAAGCCCACCAAGGACGCAAAAAAGCGAAUCCUGGCCCACUAGGUCUUUGUGCCUUUGCCUUUACAGUCUUUCUUCUAGGUUGUAUCCAGAUGAAUUGCAGAGGUAUCCCCAGGCCGAAUAUUAUCAUUGGUCCCGCUUUGGCAUACGGAGGACUGAUCCAGCUCCUGGCUGGGAUGUGGGAAAUGGCCCAUGGGAAUACCUUCGGUGCAACUAUAUCCGGAUCCUAUGGUGGAUUUUGGAUCUCAUUUGCAGUGAUAUUGAUUCCGGGUGCAUUCCAUAUUGAGAGUUCGCUGGUUAAAGCUGAUAAUGGUUCCCAUACCAUGUUUGAUCAUGCCCUUGCUCUAUACCUCAUCGGUUGGUUCAUAUUCACAUUUUUGAUUGCCCUGUGCUCUGCGAUGAAAGCUCCGAUCACGAUUUUUGCUCUCACCUUGACCGUUGAUAUUGCAGCUCUUCUCAUCGCUCUUUCUUAUUUCUACCCACACCCUGACGGAGCACCAAAUAAGUAUCUAGCCAAAGCUGGUGGCUUUUUUGCCAUACUGACGGCAUUCUUGGCUUGGUAUAGCGCUUUGGCUGAGUUGGCAAACCAUGAGAACAGCUUUUUUGUUCUCCCAGUUGGCCAUUUCCCAUGGUCGAAGAAGAACAGAGAGCAGAGAAAUCGCGGAGAUCGCAGUGGAUUGAAUAUUGUCUAG